AUGGCACGACAGGCUUCUACUGCGGCGAAGUUUUUGACAGAUCAUAGCUGUCUGGCAAUUAUCGCAGCGAGAUUUUCCUGCGGAGCGCCUAGGGGCGGUGCGGAGCUUGGGCCUGGAGCAUUGAUUGACUCCCGGAUUUUCUCCGUUAUCCAAUCGAAAGGGAGUUAUGUUUGCUCUUUCGAUAACCUCAGUCAAGACAAAUCUCUUGGCAAUGCAAUUGAGUCAAGCGAUGAUUCAGACCCUGAUGUUGAUGGGAUGAAGAGCCCUCGGACAGUAAGCCUCGCUGCCAAACGGGUAAGUGAGUGUGUCUACGCUCAUGCGCGACAAGGGAGGUUCGUCAUGACUCUAGGAGGUGAUCAUUCAAUGGGAAUUGGCACCCUGACAGGGAGUGCACGGGCACUUCGCGAAAGAUUUGGAGGGACCAGUGCCGAGCUGUCCGUUCUCUGGGUAGAUGCCCAUGCGGAUAUCAACACCCCGGAGACCAGUCUCAGUGGACGAAUUCACGGAAUGCCAGUGGCAUUUGCCUCAGGAUUGGCAAAGUCGCGCGGAAAGAAUGUCUUUGAUUGGAUUACCGAGACUCACCUCAUCAACCUGAAGAAAUUUGUUUAUAUCGGUCUUCGAGAUGUCGACGAAGCAGAAGAAAAUCUUAUCAAGGAGAAUGGUAUCAAGGCAUUCACUAUGGAUGAUGUGCGACGUCAAGGUAUUCAAACGAUCAUGGAUCUUGCACUGGAAUAUCUCGGUGACAGGACGCCGAUACAUGUGUCGUAUGAUAUCGAUUCGCUUGAUCCGGAAUGGGCACCAUCUACUGGUUUCCCUGUCACUCGAGGGUUAUCUCUUGAAGAGGGUAUCUAUAUCUCGCAUCGCCUCCACAAAACUGGCAAUCUCAUUGCGAUGGAUCUAGUUGAGAUAAACCCACUCAUUCAGCCUUCCAAGUUGGGCAAAACGCUUGAAUCUGCGGCCUCAGUGAUCAAAAGUGCUCUAGGUAUAGAUAGGGAAGAUAUCUGA